CUCAUCUCACGGGAACCCAAAACCCGAUUUCUUUUCUUCUUUCCUCUCACGCGAGUAAUCCAUCGACGACAAAGCUCUUCCUCCUUCUCCGAUCUCUCCCUCACCGACGUCAUCUGGGGAAUCGCCGCCAGAUAUCGACGGUACCGGCGUUGUCCAGGCCAUCACUGCUGAGCGGUCACCUCUGGCCUUUCUUGUUCGCGAUCGUCGGCGGUUCGGCAUCCUAGGGCACCGCCGUGUUCUUGACUCGUGUCGUCCCCAGCAGAUCAACCACUGGCGUUCUUCUUGUCGACGUGUUCUUAGAGUAGCGAUCUGUACCAUCACCGAGAAGCGAUCAAUCUAGUCUUUAAAUUGUGAACACCGGUGUGAUCUUAGUUGGGCAUCGCUUUAUUACUUUGGAUUUUAACCUCAGAAAAUUAUAAAGGAUGGUUGAAGACAAUUAUUGGAAUUCAGCCAUAGAGAUUAUGAAAAACUUUCAGUUUGCAUAUGAGCAGACUAAAAAAUUGGAGCAGAAGUUAAAAAACUUUGAAAAAGAGCUGAAACUGAAAAAUAUAGAGAUGGAAAAGAAAAAUUAAGAGCUUCAAAAACUCAAAGAGAUGCUGAAGGGGAAAACAAAGGAGAAUGAAGAUGCUGAAAACAUUGGUGAACGAUCUCCUCUUCCUCCUAGGAGGCGAUCACCUCCUAGGCACGGAAGGAGCCCAUCAAGGAGGUCACCUCCUCUACAUCGACAUCAUAGCCGUUCGCCAAUGAGGGGUCGUUCUCCUUCACCAAGGUGGGGUAACUCUAAAGCAUCAUACUCGGGUUCUUCUAGUCCUCACAAGGGAGCUCGAAGAAGAACAAGAAGUCGCAGUCCUAGAAGGCCUGAUAAAGGUAGAAGCCACAGCAACAACGGGAGCAACCGCUCUCCUCUGCGUAGAGGCAAGUAACCACAUUGCAGGGACAGUGCUUUGCUACAUUUCUAUCUGGUUGAUCAUCGUGGAACCUAGACCUUGAACUGUUGUUUUUUUUCCCCAUGAAAGACCGUGUUUUUAAGCUGAGCAUUUCUCCUUGUUUUCUUCUUUGGAUAUCUCCAAUGAAUUUCUAUCUGGGUUUUUUUUUGUUUUAGCAUUACCUUGUUUUCAUUUUGCCCUUACAGCAAAGGUAUUGAGUAUGACAAUGAAUGCAUUUGAUGUAAUUUCCUUGACUCUGAUCAUGUAAUUUUGAUUUAGUUAAGUUCUAUUUAGUUGUU